ACCAGGAAUGACAUCAAGGCGAGUAAAGUGAGUAACCAGUAAUGAUGAUAGGAUUAAAAUUUUUGUGUGAACUAUCCCUUUAAUCAUCUCCUUAAAGAGACUGACACAUAUAUUUGCUGUGUCUUUGUAUGCAUAACAAUGUUAUGUUGUUUAAAGCGUGCCUCUAACAUAUUUUUUUCAUGGGUCCCCUGAGCUCUGACUGCAUAGCUCAAGUGGUUUCAGCCCUAAAUAUAGAGUUGGCUUUUCCCUACAAUGUCAAAUGUAACUUGAUUCCAUAAGUUGAGUCACAGCACGUCAGUUGCUGGCUGACCGGCUGAGUUCCUCUCACUCUGUGCCACACUGCCUGAUGGAGUCUGUGGGAGUGCUAUGCAGCCCCACUGGGGCCAGCUCCAACCUACUGAGCUUGCCGGCAUCCUGCCCCUGGGAUGAGGAUGAGGAGUCACUGGGUCUGGAAGGAAUCAAGCCCAAAUCUUCACCUGUGCCGAGACGACGGGGUUCAGCGUCCUCCGAUGACUCCCUGCCUCCCCCUUCCAGCAGCCGAAGAGUGUCCUUUGCUGAUGCCUUCGGUUUGAGUCUCGUCUCAGUGAAACAGUUUGAUUCUUGGGGAGUAACUGACCCAUCAGGCUCUCUGGAGUAUGACUUGAAUGAAGAUAAGGAGUAUUACAUGGUUCCUCUCUUCAAUCUUCCACAGACCUCUGAGGAACUAGCCUUGCGGGUUAACGAGCAGAAGCUAGAACUGGAGAGUUUGGAGUUGCUUUCUGGGACCACCACCCUAAGGGGAAUCGUUCGUGUGCUGAAUAUUAGUUUUGAUAAGAUGCUCUAUGUACGUACCUCUUUAGAUUCAUGGAAAAGUCAUUUUGAUUUGUUGGCAGAGUACGUACCUGGGUCAAACAAUGGCGGGACGGAUUGUUUCUCCUUCAAACUCACACUAGUACCCCCAUUUGGAGAAGAGGGCGCUAGGGUUGACUUCUGUUUGCGAUAUGAAACAUCUUUAGGCACUUUUUGGGCAAACAAUAAUGAAAAGAACUACUGUGUGUUUUGUUGUGAAAAAAUGAAGGAGAAACCCCAAGACGAGAGUGAAAACAGAAGAAAAAGCUGUCUGAAAACAACCAGCCUGAAUGUCUCUGCUUCGACUGUUUCAGCAACAAACAAUGAAGAAUUUCCUGAUAUAAAUCUAAAUUCUGGAUCGCUAAAGGAAAACUCUGAGAAACUUGAAAGCAAGGAAUUAGUGGAGGAAAUGAACAGAAACCGCAGCCGAAGAAGCAAAAGAAAGGCUGCACGAUUAGCAAAAGUCAAAGAACACUUUGCUAAGAGGGAAGAAGAACAGAAACAAGGGACCAAGACCAAAGAAAGUGAAGGUAUAGCAGACACCAGCAUGCAGGAACAUUCAUCAUUGCUGAAGAAGACACCAUGCAGUUCCCUGUCACAACAAACUGCUCAAGCCCCAGCGUGUAACCAAAUAUCACCCUAUCCAGCAGAGUAUAGUGGAGAUUCCACUGACAUCGUCAACCAAGCUAUAACACAAGAUGAAGAAGACAACAUAAUUAACUCCAAGACUAAUUUAUCCACAGCAAACACAAAUUUACCCCUGGAAGACUCCAUCAGUUGUGAUGAAUCAAUCGCGUGCUUGGCUUCUGAGGUCUUGGAAGACAUCCAACAAAGUGAGUGCAUUACUGACCAAACGGUUUCAAUCAAUCAGGCUGAUCCUGUAUGCCAAAAUCCUGACUUGUCUAAUAGCAAGAAUGUUGAAAAAGCAUGGAAGGAAUUUGAGAAGGAUGCUAAGCAAAGAAUUAAAAGUUUGGCACUAAGCUCUCAUGAGGACAUGAAUAUUAGCGAUGGGAAACCAAAAGAGGAUGCGAGUUUGAAAACUAAUUCAGAGCCUCAGCUGUGCUCCCAUGGCUUCACAUUUGGGACCAUUGUAGCCCCACUUUAUCAUCAGGUUUUUAAAAACAUGGAAACAGAGAGAAAAAAACUCUUUCCGAAAGCUUUAGAUAGGUCAUUUAGGAAACUAGAGGAUGAGAGUCGAAGAGCGGUCACAGCCCCUGAGACCACCGACAUUUGGCCAGAGUCUUGCAUAUCUACAAAACAGACAGUAGAUGAUAUUAAUGUUGGCAUCUGCAAAGAAUCAACAGAACAGAACUCACAACUUACAGUAAACCCAACCAAAAAACCUCUUCUGGAGCCAGAUGAGAGUAAACAUGUUAAAAACACAGAAGCGUCUUACAAUCAAAAUGAUUGUACCAGUAGUAUUGGAGAACACCCAAGAGACGUCACAUUUACCGAAACAAACCCUACAAAAGUUACAUCCAGGCAGCCAGAUCCUCCACUAGGAGAAGUUUCAACAGUGUGCACACUCACAGUCACACUAGCUUUGACUGAAUGCUCUAUCCAGGAUGAUCCUUGCCAAAGUCUGGAAAACUUAUUUCCUCAACAAGGACCAGAACUUACAAAUCAAACAAUAGAGUCAGCUACUGACAGCCUACCUGAACAGAUUCAUCCAUCAUCACCCACAGCAGUUUUGGAAACUUCAUCAUGUUUGGAUGAUCAGAGGGCUUGUAUAAAAACUGAAAAGUCACAGAAUCAGGAGGACCCUACAAUUAUCCACACCAAAGAGGAGAAUAUAUCCGAGCAAGCAGAAUAUUCAAUCAACACUUCUUGCUUUCUAGCCCAAGGUCCAGAGGACCCCACAAGAAGCACUCUGAGUUACUCUGAGCCUGACUGCUGUGAGAUGAGAUCGAGCAUUGAAAACCUUAAAGAACCCUCUCACUUAGCAAUAGCAAAAGCUAUGCCAAUAGAACCAUAUACACAACUGGAGAACACACAUAUGAGCAAUACUUUGGAGAGCUACCAGAUGAAUGAAAAGGAGGAACAAAUACUCAUGGGUUUUUCUACACAGACUUCAGAGACAGAGAGCUCCAACAUUAUUCAUUUUGAAGCAGAACAUAACACAUCAGUGAUUAAAGAGAUGGAAGAAAUUCACAAAAUGAAAAAUGCUGAAAGCCUGGAAGAGCAAGAGGGAAAUGGAAAUCGUAUUAAGCAGAUGGAGAAGCAGAAACAAGACAACAAGGAGAAAGACCAAGAACCAGAAGAACAAGAUGGCGCAGAAGAAAAACAUGAAAGUAAUGGAGGAAUAAAUAGCAUUGAAGAUGAGUUGAAAUACAUAGAUGAUGAAGAGGACUUGGAUGCAAUGGCAUCUGAGAAAGAAGAGAAACAACAAGCAGAUGAAGAUGAUCUGCUUUCUCUUGAACAAGAUUCAGAGGAACAGAAGCAGAUCAUUAGUACCAGCACUGUUGAAUCAUUACCACAUCGUAUUGACUUAAAAGAUACAGAGUACUCUGAAAAAGAGCACAUUCAUGUCAACCUUGGUUUAGAGAUCUGUGAGGAAACUGCUGCAUCUUGGCGAGAAUCAUCUCAAAAGAGUGAUAUGGAACUCAGUGGAAGUAUGCAAGCUAUGGAGAAUGAUUGGAACCGUUUUGAAUUUAUUGAUAAAGAAGAGAAUGUGUCCUAUGAAGGUAUGAAAAGUGACUGGAAAACUCUUGAUGAUGUAAACAAUAUGCUGGAAAACAUGGAAAGCCUGGCGAAAGACAGAGAUCUUGAAAACAUUGAAGACAACACCUCGACAGAAUCGCAGACAGAUGACGAGAUGGAGCUGUACCUGAACAGUCUGAAGAAUUCACAACAGUCAGUAUUCAGAGAAAGUGCAAUGAGUGGGAGCUACUGCAAAAGACCCUCCUUGAGCAGAGGGAGGCCGUUAGCUAUGCCUUCAAUCUCUGAGUCUAUGGACGAGGACCAGCUGAAUAGUUCCCUAGAGGAUUCAACAAAUAUGGAGUACAACAUGGAUCUGGAGAGAGCUACACUGCCCCUAGUGGAUGGGAAUGAACAUGUCAUUGGAUGUAAUGUCUUGUGGUGGAAAGAGUUUCUGUCCUAUGACAAUAUGUUAAGAGUGACUGGAUACACAUUUUUGUUGGUAGUGUUUUUAGUCGCAGCAUAUUAUUACGACUUCAUUGCAUGUUUUGCUCUGUAUAUUAUUACAGUGUAUUGGCUGUUUCGUCAAGGAGAGGAAGAACCACUGAAAACUUCUAGGAAAGGUGAAAGAGGAUUGCAGUAAAUAUGAUUUACUCAUCAGCAUUUGUUGGAGAACUUAGAAAUGUGGAAGUGAAUCCAAAUAUGUGUUGUACACAUAGAGUUGCUGCACAUCAGCAUUGGAGUAUGUAGGGCUAUUUAUCACACAAAAUUUCAUAAUGGCAAAGACAUUAUUAUAAGAUGACUUUUGUAGAAUGAUGGAUUGUGAAUAAACUUUUACAUUGAUUUGCCAUUUGACAUUACAUAAGUCAAUAGGUAUAUUUCCUUGCUUUACAGACAACAUAAAGUUUGCAUACAAUAUCACAAUGCUCUUUAAAAAGAGCUGGACAUACAGCAAGAGAUAAUAUGGGGUCUGUAGAAAUGGCUAGGUUCUGUGCUAAUGGUGCCUGGAACAGGAUUAGUCUUGAAAAAAAGGAUUAUAGUACAAUUUCAUUGACAUACUUUUAUGCAUAGCUUUAAUUUCCUGCUACUGUAAGUACCUGAUUGGAUUAUGAUUUAUAUGCAUGUAAUGCAUACACAAAACACAUAACCUGUUAACUAUAACCUGUUUUAUUUUUUAAAUAAUCAUGUUAAUUUUUUAUAUCUAAUAUAUCUCGACAAAAAAGGCAAUAACGCCCACGUAACAUCUGAAGUGAUGAUAAAAAUGAAAUGCAUUUUUCUGUUGCAAUUAUUUAACAAACAUUUUUCCUUACUCUGUCGUGCAAGUUUAUUAGAGUUACUUUGUUUGUUUGUGUCUGGCUUGUUUACAGACUACCUUUUUUCUAAGGACAUCAAGGAUCAAUAUCCUCUUUUGUUUCAUUAUACCUAACGUUAUGAUCUUAACAUCUCCAACCCGCAUGCUUUUGUUUCAUAAGGACAGAGGUGUCAUAUGGCACAGGUGUGUAAACAUAAUGACUAAACCAUGUAAAAUAAACCAUAACUUCCAUCAUUGUGCACUCAAAAUAGGUAAGAUGUCUGCAAAUUUGCUUUGUCCAAUCAAUAGAUUAUUUUAUUG